GGAGUUUGCCAUUCACCGUGAAGCGUAACCAUGACCACUUGUUGCCUUGGAAACGCUGAGGAAAAACAUAAACAAAAAAUGAUGGACUGGGCCGAAGAACUCAAGAUGACUAUACGGAAGACAACGGCCCGAAAAGGCCGGCGCUCUAAGAGUCGGGACGUGCUAAAGGAGGAGGCCUCGCAGGGUGCAGGUUCUAAGGACAUAUCCAUCGACAUCACGCUUAAUGUGCAGGCUCAGGGCGGAACCCCUCCCACAACAUCGGAUGGUGGAACUUCAUCCAGCUACAACAAUGAAUUUGAUUCGCAUCGUCCGCCCAUCAGGCGAAUUUCUGGAGGAUGGGCCGACUCUGGACUCAAAGGAUUGAAAUCCAAAAAAAAUUCUUUUGAUGAUGAGCGCUUUAGGCAAACAAAAUCGGCUACCAACUCCAUACCAACGGACGACAUUCCCGUCAUCCCGGAUAUGGAUGACAUCAAAGACGAAAUAAUGCUCAACGAGAUAGUGGAACCUCCUAUAAUGGGCACAACUCGGUCCGCAGUUUUGAAGGAGGCUAACUCGGAUUUGCUUUCGCAAUACGCCUUUUCAGCAGUAGAUGGAUUUGAUCUCUCAAUCCUAACAGAUUGCUUGGUUCCUCAGGAGAGCCUAAAUGAAAAAGACGAUCUAUGGCAGUGGGAUCAGCUUUUCACAGAAGUAACCGCUGAAAUUCAUUCGGAUAAAGGGCCUAACAUUGGCAUGAAGAUCGGACCCGAUGUGGUGCCACCCACUCAGUACACUUAGGAUUACCUCUAUUUCUGCAAGAUUAGUGCAAUAGUCAAUUCGUAGUUUCAGUAUGAGAAGGUAAAAUAUUUCAUCGAAUGCGUCUUUAAUAAUCACAUACUCAUUCUGUUCACGAAGACAUACCCAA